CUGCAAAUGAAGCAAUCCAAUUUCUGCAACGAAAAUUCCCUGGACGACUGAUGUCAAAGAGAGGUGACAUUGACUGGCCACCCAGGUCUCCAGAUUUGACCCCACCGCACUUCUUCUUGUGGGGUUAUUUGAAAAGUAAAGUGUACUCCAGCAAGCCCCAGACCACUGAAGAACUCAAGGCAAAAAUUCGUAGUGCAAUCGCCGCUAUAGUACCAGAGAUGCCCGAAAAAGUAAUGGAAAACGCAGCAAAACGGGCACAUUUUGCUUUGGCCAAUAAAGUUAUUAGAAAAAGACGCAAGUAAAAGAUUGGGCAACAGGUUCAGUCCACAUGGUGAUAUUCAAGAUCACAAUUUCUUCAAGAAGAUUGACUGGUACGCAUUGGAAAAGAGACAACUGGAGCCUCCGUUCAAACCAAACCUGCAACAUCCGUUGGACACGCAAUACUUCGACAAGCAUUUCACAGUAGAAAAGGCCAAGUUGACUCCGAUAGACGGCACAAUUCUGGAAUCCAUCGAUCAGACGCAAUUCCAAGGUUUCAGCUACACGAAUCCAAAUGCGACCGACAAAUGAUCGUCGUCUGGCUCGACAACGAAAUACAAAACUGUAAAGCAAUAUUUUUGCUAUUUUGAUAUCAUAAGCAACAGGCAGCGAAAUAUUGACAUGUCUGUAUCUAACCCGAAAGAUAUGUAUGCACAAACAUUGAAAAGUUCAAGAGACAAUUUAUUGUCAUGUCCACACCAGUCGAUAAACGUAAGAUCAGAUAUCAUUUUUUAUUUCUAUGUGACUAAUAAGUACAUGAAUAAUCGAGAAAACAUUGACUUUUGACAUAGAAACUAACGAAAAAGAGUCGAUACGGUAAUCGAUAUACAUUAUACGGGGUGUUAGGGAAACCUUAAGAGGUGAUUCCUUGCAUUAUUCUAAGCAAAAAAGUUCAUUAUAACCUGUUUCCGAAAAUGCUGAAUUUAUUUCCUUUGAGUCAUGAAUUAAAUUAAUUUUGCACCUUAAUAAAUUAAAUUCAUAUCCCUAAUAACGUAAAAUGUAUCAAUAUAUAUAUUUAUUAAUUAACUGUCUCUAAAAAUAUAAUUUUCUUGCUUAUUAAAUACAUUUUUCCAAAGAAAAUAAGACAAACGGAAUCCCUCACACAACUGGCAACGUCGUACUUCGCCUACACUGCAGGUAUCAUCGCGUGUUGUUGUGAUUACUAAUACAUUUAACUGUAACUUUAUGUGAUUUACGGAUGUUUGUUUUUUCUUUAUUCGUGCAUCGUGAAUUGGUGAUGUGUAUCGCCACGUACCGGUAAGUUCUGUCAUUUUUUUUUAAGUGAAUGUACUGUACUGAAAGCGUUAUUAAAUAAAAGAUAUUAGCCACAAACAAUUGUGUAAAGGUAUUCAAUAAAAUUCAAGGCAUAUUUUCGACACAAAUAUCAUACAAAUGUAAACAACUCGAUCGCGGUUGCGAUGCAGCGUUGCCAAAUGUUUGAGAAAAUUUUAUUAUUUACGACUCACUUUUCUCGAAAACGAUUGAUUUUCGGAUAUAAGUUAUCAUAUUUUUUUUGCUUAGAAUAAUGCAAGGAGUCACCUCUUAAAGUUACGAAUACUAUGUCCCUAACACCCUGUACACAGGGAGUAAAUUAAUUGAUUGCUCAAAAUACAGGUUAUGAUUAUUGAGCUCAUUUUAGGAAGAAAGGUUUAUAUGAACAUAUAUCAUAUACCUCUUAACUUUGAGCUCUACAUGAUGUUAAAGUUUUAAGAAGAAAAUCUUUUUCUUAUAACUUUAAUACUAUUCUAGAUAUUAUCAGGAAAUUUCACAUGUACCUACUAAGCAUCAAUAGGUAUUUUUUGAUGUAGAAUAGUUUUCAAUAUUCCUACCAGUGACGUCCGUACAGGAUGUAACUGGGCAUUUUUCAAAAAAAAUAUGGUACGCCAUUGCUUUUUCCAAAAAUAUUUUUGGAAUGCUCAUUUAUUUUGCAACAAAUUUGACCUAUUGACUUUUUUCCGACUGAUGCACCUAUUCUGCGUAAACAAUAAAAACCAUUUUGGCUAUUUUAAUCAACUGACUACUUGGAAAAAAAUUAAACAAAAACACAUUUAGCCUUCAAACUACCACAUGCGAUUUUCCAAUGCAUGUAAAUUAAAAAACAAGUUUGCAACAAAUUUCGACAAUUUCUGUGGAUCAAAUAAACUAUUGCUAUUUAAUUAUCAUAGGAAUUGUUGAAAAUGUCUACCUUCUGCUCGGAUACAGGUUUCGAUUCUCUGUCUCAUGAAUUGCUGAAAAAAAAAAGCAACAGCGUAGCAUCUGUUUUUUUGAAAGUAUCCAAUAUCGUCCGUACGCCACUGGAAGAAAUAUUAAAAAAUAUUCUACACCAAAAAAUGCCAAUUGGUGCUUAGUAAGUCAAUGUCAAAUUUCGUGAGAAUAUCUAGAACAGUAUCAUAGUUAUGAUAAGAAAACGAAUUUUUUCUUAAAAUCCCAACACCCUGUAGCUCGAAAUUUAAAAGGUUCAGGACAUAUGUUCAUAUAAACUUUUCUUUCUAAAAUGAGCUAAGGAAUCAUAUUCUGUAUUUUUAGCCAUUAAUUAAUUUACACCCUGAAUUAAGAAGUUGUCCGAAACAGGCUAGAUAGUAGAAAUCACGAAAGAUGACGAUUACGUCAUCAUUUUAGUCUGUAGCGAUCUGUAAAUAUUUUUAUUGAAGUUUCAGAUAUGUUAGACAGAGACAAACAGACUUUUAUUGUCUAAGCAAAUUGUGUUGCUAAUUUGCAUGUAACCGAGAAAGAUAGACGAUGUUUUCAUGUUGCAUGAUCAAUCAUAUUUGAAAGAUGGAUAGUUAGGUUAUGUUAAAGCAGGUUAGGUUGUUUUCGAAUAAUACUUUGGUCUUUGGUGGUCCUGUCUUAAGGUGUUCGACUCAUAUCUGUUUUUUUUCAAAACAAAGACUAACUCCCCACUAAAAUUAUUAUUAAGGUAUCACUCAAAACCAUGAAAUAAAAUGAAAAUAAAAAUAAUCAGUGAAAUAACCUAAUUUCGCAAAAUCAUAAUAUAAAUUUGUUGUCAUUAUGUUCCUGACAUCGUGAUUUUAUCAUCGAUGUACGUCCAUUGAUUACUUCAGUACAAUUUGUGGUAUGACGUAAUCGUCAUCUUUCAUGAUUUUGACUAUAGAUUAAAUUUGACAAUACUUAGAAAAUAGAAUGCUAUCAAAGAUGACCUUAUAUCCAGCUCACACACAUACGUUCAUGAUAUCUUGUAACUAGUACCUUUGACUCUACAAGUAGAAUGUUUGUAACGAAGCUAGAUGCACACUAAAUUUUAAAGUUAAGAAUUUAAAAAACAUAUGGUAAUUCUCAUUAUCAAAUGUACCUGUGUAUAGUAAAUAAUAGGAAAUGGAUUAUCUCAAUUAGGAAAUAAGGCAUUAAACAUAACAUGAAUUGUACCCAAAAUUAAUUAUGUUGAGUAUUAGUUAUAAAGCAUACAUAGGUGCAAAUAUUUAGGAAAAUGUUUCUAUAAGGUAUUUUGUACAUAAACUUUGUUUGUUGUAUAUACUUUUGUGUGUGUAAUAAUGUUUACGCAGUAUCUAAUAAGUAAUAUUUUAUUAGUUGUUCUUUUGUAUGAUAUUCGUGUGAUUUACAAAUAAAAAUUGUAUACUGUUUUCACUGAAAUAAUUAUAUUCGCUACUAUAAUACGUAUUUGUUUAGAUCGUUUCAUGCUAAGUGUAUGGAUUCUGUGGACAUAUGUGUUUUAUCAACCAUGCUUCUUAUAUUUUAUAUUAAUGGAGUCCGACAUUUACUGGUUCAGAAGACCAUUUUCUAGUUUGAAUUAAAAAAGUUAAUAAAGCGAUUGAUUUGACAAUGUGUGUUUAAUUUUUUCUUUCAGAAUGUUAUAAAAUCCUAAAACUUCUGGUAUUUUUUGAAGUUUUAAUUUUAACUUUUCAAAUUCCGACGAUGAAACCAAUAUGGUUUCGAAACAUGGCUGAUUUGAAAGAUUCCUAGUUGAGGGGUACAAGGACGGAAAAUCUUAGGUUUUAUGUCAUACACAGAGACCGGUCCCAUGAUUGAGACGU